AUGGAAGAUCUUUUGAUUUAUCAAAAUGAAUUAUUAAACAACUUAAAGAAUGCAGAGAAAAACUACAAAAAGACACCGAAGGAUAGGAUAAAGAGACCUUAUUUGGAAACGAGGCUAGAAAUGCUUGAAGAGCUUUGGACUCACUUUAAAGACGGACACAAAAACAUUAUUGUAUCCAUUACCAGUGACGAACAAAGAAAAAAUCCGUACUUUAUAGAAAAGUCAUACGAACUAUUUCAAGAAAUGUACGUGCAAUAUAAGUCGGCUAUGAAAGAAGCUCUUCAACCGUUCCUGGAUGCUGCAGGACAAGCUCCAAUACCUAGUACUUCUGUAGGUCAAGGGUCAUCCUCCUCUUCCUCGGACAAUAAUGAUAUUAAAUUGCCACAAAUCAAAAUACCAACAUUUAGCGGCAAAUAUGAGGAGUGGCAAACAUUUUAUGACUUAUUCAAUUCUCUAAUCAAUAAAAACACAAAACUAUCUCCAGCACAGAAACUACAUUACUUGAAAAGCAAUUUAACAGGAGAACCAGAAGUAAUCUUACGCAAUUAUUCUACGACAGAUGCAAACUACGCCGAUGCUUGGAACGAGUUAAUACAACGUUAUAACAACAAGCGUUAUAAUUGUAAUGCAAUUUUAAAAGUUCUUUUUGCGCAAAAAUACAUACAUACGGAGUCAGCGAGUUUUAUAAGACAUUUGGUAGACACAACUUCAACAUGCUUAAAGGCGUUAAAGAACUUAGACGUUGAGACCGAUAGGUGGGAUUUAAUUAUUAACUAUUUAACCGUGUCCAAGCUCGAUCCAGAAUCACUAAGACUGUGGGAACAACAAUUGAGCACUAACAAAAGCGAUCUACCUACUUGGCAAGACUUGAGAAAUUUUUUGGAGUCUAGGUUUAGAUCUUUGGAGAUGAUCGAGAUCAGUAAGUCAAAAACAUCACAACUGAAACCAGCAUCUAAGCCUAAAACAUUUCACGUGAAUGUCACCAAGGAAGGAAAAGAGCGUGAAAUUAAAUGUGUACUGUGUGGAAGCCAGCAUCACAUUUAUCAAUGCAAAGCAUUCGUCGAUAUGUCAACGAAAGAAAGACAAGAGAAUGUGAAGAAAAAUAAACUCUGCUUCAACUGCCUCGUACCAUCGCACUCGGUGAACAAGUGUCGACAGUCGACGUGCUGCAAACGAUGUGGUCGUCGGCAUCAUUCUCUUCUUCACUUCGAGAGAGAAGAAACCAUCGAGAAGCCUAACGAAGGAACAAACACGGCUACAGGUACAGUUCGUGACACGACGAUAGGUAAGUCCGAUCCUACAUUUAAUGAUUCGCAUAUUGUGUCUAAUUUUUUAAGCGAGCGUAUACAAACCAAUGCUGUGUUAUUAGCUACUGCUAAGGUGUUAGUUAAUAGUAAGAACGGUUGUAAACAUAUUAUCAGAGCCUUGCUAGAUCAAGGAUCACAAGCGUCAUUUAUAUCUGAGGCAACUGUUCAAUUAUUAAAUCUUACACGUAAAUCAGUGACUGGUUGGGUGUCCGGUGUAGGGGAAGGGCAAACGAGGAUCAAACAUAUGGUUUCGUUUUGUGUGAAAUCACGUCAUCAUCCCCAUGAGCCUAUUAGAAUAAACGCGUAUGUCAUGCGUACGUUAACAACACUGUUACCUACCAGUAAUCUUAUAUAUCCUGAUUGGUUAGAACUUCGGAAAUUGGAUUUAGCAGAUCCAGAUUUCAUAACACCAGGUAAAAUUGACAUUUUACUUGGAGCUGACGUUUAUGGCGACGUACUGCUAAAUGGUAUUAUCAAGCACCCUGAGGAAAAAUUAGUGGCACAAAAUACAAUCCUAGGGUGGGUAGUGUCUGGCAGGAUGACACAAGAAACUAUGUCAGCAAGGAAACAAAUCACAAGUUUACAUACACAGGUAAAAGAUGAUGAUCUACUGAAACAAUUUUGGGAAAUAGAGAGGGAACCAAACAAUAUACGAAAGAAAUUCUCAAAAGAAGAAGAAAAAUGUGAAGAAUUUUAUGAUGCCACAACUUUGAGAGACGAAGAAGGAAGAUUUGUAGUAAGGUUACCAUUUAAAAACGAAGAUCCACAAUGUCAGUAUGGUGAAUUAAGAGAAAUAGCUGCAAAAAGGUUUAAUUUCUUAGAAAGAAAAUUAUCUAAAAAUCCUAAACUUCGAGAAGAAUACUACAAGGUAAUGGAUGAAUAUAUUAAUUUAAAGCACAUGGUAGAGGUCGAUUCUUCAGAAAUUGAUAAGUCUACAGCUGUCUAUCUUCCUCAUCACGCCGUGGUUCGAGAAGAUAAGUCAACCACAAAGCUUCGUAUAGUCUUCGACGCAUCUUGCAAGGGGUCUAAUAACUAUUCUUUAAAUGAUGACUUGUGUGUUGGGCCUCAAUUGCAGCAAGAGUUACGUCAUAUAUUAAUGAAAUGGAGAACUCACAGAAUCUGUAUUACAGCAGAUAUAAUUAAAAUGUACAGAAUGGUUCGUGUGGCAGAUAAAGAUACAGACUAUCAGAGACUAUUAUGGAGGUCUUCACCCCACGAACCUAUUAAACACUACAAACUCUUAAGAUUGACUUUUGGCACAGCGUGUGCACCAUACCUUGCAGUUAAAUCUUUACAGACACUUGCCAAUGAGGAGCAGUUAAAAUAUCCUACUGCUGCAAAAAUAACAAAAACGGAUUACUACAUGGACGAUUUAUUAUCAGGCUGUGACACAGAGGAACAAGCUAUGAAUAUUUACAACGAGAUGAACAAUUUAAUGAACUCUGGGGGAUUUCAGCUACAAAAAUGGAGUAGCAACAGUGAAGCUCUUUUACAGUACAUAGGAAAAAAUAAGCGUGAUGAUCAUGAGUUGCCUUUAAAGGUUAAUAGUGUGGUUAAAGUAUUAGGGCUAAGUUGGAAUCGAGACACCGAUUGUUUUGAAUACACAGUAAACUUGCCAGAGCCUAAACAUCCUGUUACUAAAAGACAUAUUCUUUCAGAAAUAGCUAAGCUAUAUGAUCCUUUGGGUUGGAUAGCUCCCGUUGUAGUAAUCGCAAAAAUUAUCAUGCAGAAAUUGUGGAAGUCAGGAUUAGAAUGGGAUGAACCUAUUGAUAAUAUUUUGUUAGCAGAAUGGAAUCGAUAUCGUGAGAAUUUGGCGUACAUCAAAAACCUGAGUAUACCACGAUGUUUACACUAUAGUAACGCAAUAAGUAUAGAAUUGCACGUGUUUGCAGAUGCAUCACAAGCCGCAUAUGGAGCAGCAGUUUAUAUGCGAGUCAUAAACGAAGAACGAGUGUACGUUAAUCUAAUAACGUCCAAAACAAAGGUCGCUCCAAUCGAAAAACAAAUCUCGAUUCCUAGAUUGGAACUUUGCGGAGCGGCAUUAGCAGCUAAACUGAUUUUAGAAACAUCACAAGUGCUGUGUGUACCAAAAAAUAAGUUAUUUGCGUGGACCGAUUCCACUAUUGUACUAGCUUGGUUGAAGGGUGGACCCAGCAGGUGGAGCACCUUUGUAAGCAACCGAGUAUCAGACAUAUUAAACACUGUAGAUUUCGAGCGAUGGGGGCAUGUAUCUACAGAUAUCAACCCAGCUGACUGUGCGUCACGGGGCUUACAAGGUUCAGAAUUGUUAAAUCAUUCACUAUGGUGGAAUGGACCGGUAUGGUUGUCGGACCUAAAUAUGAGCAUCAGCGUUCCUAACAUCGAAGAUACACAAGAAGAAGAACGUGUUAGGUCUUUAAAUGUUAUACACAAUACCGAAGAAGAAUUUAUUUGGACAAAAUUUUCUAGUUUAUCAAAAAUGUUAAGAGUAAUUUCAUAUUGCAGACGAUUUAUUAAUUUAAAAUUACCUAAAGACAAACGUGCAACUUAUUUUAAAUUUAUUACCCCAAAGGAGUUAACAGAAUCUUUAAAUAACUGUAUUAAACAAGUUCAGUCUAUUGAAUUUAGCGAUGAUAUAAAGCAGUUAAAGUCUCAUGGUUAUGUGUUGAAAAAGAGUAAGAUACGCAACCUUUGUCCCUUUCUAGACAACAAUGGAAUACUAAGAGUUGGCGGACGUCUUCAAAGAUCUCAAAUAGCUUAUGAUACACAGCAUCCGAUCAUUUUACCUGCGAAAAGUCAUCUUAGUAAAUUAGUAAUCAAAGAAGCACAUCUUAGGACAAUGCAUGGUGGUCCUCUAGUUAUGCUUAAUUAUUUGAGAUCAAAAUACUGGAUCUUACGAGCAAAAGACCGUACAAAGAAAAUUUACCGUGAGUGUAUUACUUGCAUUAGGUAUUCUAAGAAGAAUACCACGCAACUAAUGGGUCAGUUACCUGACGUAAGAGUAAAGGCCGACCGACCUUUUAAAUCAGCCGGUGUGGACUAUGCAGGUCCCAUCAACAUUCGUUUCUCACCAGGUAGAGGAAGUAAAUCUUACAAAGGAUAUAUAUGCCUAUUUAUCUGCAUGGUAACGCGUGCCAUACAUCUGGAAGCCGUCACCGACAUGACUUCUAAGGCAUUCAUAGCGCUAUUCCGACGCUUUACGUCGAGACGAGGGCACUGCCAAGAUAUUUACAGUGAUAACGGUACUAAUUUUGUAGGUGCAGAUAAACAGCUAAGAGAUAUUUUUAAUAAUACCAAGUCUACCAUUCCUGGUGAGAUAACAGAGUUGUUAGCGCUAGAGCGUACUACGUGGCACUUUAUACCUCCUCAUGCACCUAAUUUUGGCGGGCUUUGGGAAGCUGGCGUGCGUAGCACCAAGACUCAUCUUAGAAAAGUCAUUGGGGAUACUGCCCUUACUUAUGAGGAACUAGCCACAGUACUAGCACAAGUCGAAGCCUGUUUGAAUUCUCGACCAAUAACUUUACUAAGUGAUAACCCUAAUGACCCCCUUCCGCUGACACCCGAGUACACCACAGUUAGUCAUUGGUGCGGUGCUUGUAGUACUGCCAACACUUCGGGAACUACAUUUACCAAGAACAAACAUGAUAUAUAUCCAGUUUUACAUUUAAAUCACAUUAUGACUAUGGUAGCUUUCCAAAUUUACAUAAACUGA